AUGGGGAAGCGCAAUGUUAUCGUCUCGUCUUUGCGGAGAUUAGAGAUCUAUAUACUCACUAAUUUAGAUGAGCUUGUGAUCAACACUCCUUCUUUGGAGUACUUGGAGCUUGAUUAUUAUAAUGAUAAGAGUCACCACUGUUUGAUUGAGAAAAUGCCAAAGCUGAGGCAGGCAUGUGUAGCUGCUAAGUUUCUUUACCUCAAGAGGCUUAUCAGAUCAAUCACAUCUGUCGAGUUUCUUACAUUUUGCCUAGUAGACCAUCCUUCACACGGGUUUGAUGUGUAUCGUGAUGGUUUUGUCUUCGACCAGGCUGUGUAUGGUGAUGGUUUCGUCUUCGACAAGCUUGAACAUUUGGAACUAUGUAUAUGCAAAGAAUAUGCAUCGACUGUACUUGAUCUCUGUGGCCUAGGAAAUGAAGAAGAUUUCAAGGCAGAAGACCUAACACAGAACAGAAAGAGACCAGAGGCGCGCAGACUAGUUGAGAAACGUGAUAGAGAAGUUACAGAGUUCGAGUGUUUUAUCUUCUUGGUGUUGUACGCUCUUUCUCUAUUCGACGAGACUGAAGGCAAGAAGUUGAGGUGUUUUCUUCAGAGAAAUCUGCCAUUACAUAGAGCUCAGGCUCUUGAAAGCUUCCGCCUAGAGUUUAGUCAUCUAGAUUUGGAACCUGAAGAUAUCAGACUGUGGGUUGAAGCUGUAGUUUCUCGUUGCGUUCGUGAGCUGGAGAUUUCUUGUAUUUCUUAUCCAAGGAAGACGGAUAUCUUACCAUUACCAAGUAGCUUGUAUACUUGCAAAUCGCUCGUGAGCUUGAAACUCGAAAGAACGACCCUCGAGGAUGUUCCUCCUAUGGUUUGUCUUCCUUGCCUGAAAAAUUUGCAACUUAUAGAGGUGAUAUACUUGAAUGACGAGCCUUUUCAAAGGCUUCUAUCUAUUUGCCCUGUUCUUGAAGAACUACGGGUAAUGGUGGAUGUAUAUGAAGUUAACGGUUUGAGAAAGAUCAUUGUUGUUGUCCCGUCUUUGCUGAGAUUAGUGCUCUAUAUCCCUGAUAAGUUAGAUGAGUAUGUGAUAAAUACUCCAUAUCUGAAGUACUUGAAGCUUGAGUAUUUUAAUAAUAAUAAUAGUCACCAGACUCACCACACUCACCAGUGUUUGGUUGAGAAAAUGCCAAAGCUGAGGGAGGCAUACAUAGAUGCUAGUUUUUCUUAUGUGGAGAGGCUUUUCAGAUCAAUCACAUCUGUCAAUCAUCUUACGCUAUGCUUAGCCGAUAUUUUAGAGGAUGAUGUGUAUUGUGAUGGUAUCGUCUUUAACCAUCUUGAACAUUUGGAACUAUGUAUAUGCGAAAAAUAUGCGUCGGCUGUGCUAGUCCGGUUGCUCAAAGAUUCGCCAAACUUGCGAGUACUAAAGCUCCGUAGAAUAAAAUAUAAUCAUGAUCCUGAUGCUGUACGUCUCUGGAGUCAACCAAGUACUGUUCCUGAAUGUUUAUUGUCGAGUUUACAAACUUUCAAGUUUUCGGACUACCUACCAGGAGACAGAGAUCUUGCGAGUUACUUCUUACAAAACGCUCGUUGCUUGACGACUACAAGAAUCACGUCUUAA